AUGUCUGGCUCAGCGCAUGUGGACUGCAUGGAUCUCGCUGCCUUUAUGACUAGACUUGCAGCCUUGAGAAAGGCUGAUGACUCUGUAAUCAUUGAGCUGAAUGAUGCAUUACCAACGCAGUCUUUCCAUCCAGUCAACAGCCGAGCGACAUGUGAGCACGUAGGAAAGCGGCUUGCUGAACUACAAUUAGAGCGUAUCGCUUUAAUCGAACGUUGUCUAAGUGAAAAUCAGCAACGGGAGAAGUCCGUGCCUGAAGGAACCAUGGAGGCUCGGUUACUGCGAAAUACGAUUCGCCAAAUACGUGCCGAAUUCGAGGUGGAAGAUAUAAUUGGGGCCCGUACACGCAAAGCUGUUGAUGAACGAUGUGGAAAGAUCUUCUAA